GGUCGUGAUCACCCUAGGAGAGAGUGAGCGUGAGAAGAGAAGAGAGGUGACAAUUGGGUGGCGGGGAGAGCAGAAGAAGAGCCCAUGAAGGAGGCUAAGGAAGAGCAGAAGAAUAGGAGGAGAACCAGGAGAAGAAUGUCUUUGGAGUCCAGAUGAAGCGUUCUGAGGAGGAGGAGGUGGCCGGCAGUGUCAAGUUGACACACCAUGGAGGACUGCAGCAUGGGAGACUUCACGGAAGCCGAUAGUGCUGAGACCGAGGAUGGCACCUACGGAGAUGACUGUGGUUUUUCUCCCGAGUAUCCAUCCAAAAAUUAUGGUCGCAUGUCUCAGCUGUACUGUGAUGGGCUGGGUAUGCAGUAUAAAGAUUAUAUUCAAAGUGAGAGAAACUUAGAGUUUGACAUCUGCAACAUGUGGUGCAGCAAACCGAUGUCUGUCCUGCAAGAUUAUUGCGAUGCCAUCAAAGUCAAUAUCUUCUGGCCACUUCUGUUCCAAAGUCAGAACAGUUCUAUAAUAUCACGACUGCACCCCUGUGUGGAGCCCACUGAUUCUCAAGCUCCUGAGAUGAGUUUGAAGAAAUUGCAACAUAUUGAGUUGAUGGAAGAUAUUGUUGAUUUGGCGAAGAGAGUUGUGAAUGAUCCAUUCUUUAUUGGAGGCUUAUUGAGAAUUGGCUAUAAAAUAGAAAAUAAAAUCUUGGCAAUGGAAGAAGCUUUGAACUGGGUGAAAUAUACAGGCGACGUAACAAUUCUACCCAAAUUAGGAGCAGUUGAAAAUUGUUGGCCUAUGCUAAGUAUUUUCUUUACUGAAUAUAAGUAUCACAUAACUAAAGUUGUAACAGAGAACUACAAUUUGCUUGAAGACUUCAGAACUCCAAAUUGUCCAGAGUGUAUAGAGCAAGGAGAACUCAUGAAAAUAAAAGGAAAUGAAGCGUUUUCCAAAGAGAGAUUUGAUAUGGCUAUUAUCUAUUACACCAGAGCCAUUGAAUACAGUCCUGAAAAUCACCUCCUUUAUGGUAACCGGGCUCUUUGUUUCCUUCGCACUGGACAGUUCAGAAAUGCCCUUGGUGAUGGGAAGCGGGCCACUAUUCUGAAGAGUGGUUGGACAAAGGGACAUUAUCGUUAUUGUGAUGCUCUUUCUAUGCUGGGGGAAUAUGACUGGGCCCUGCAAGCAAACAUAAAAGCUCAAAAACUCUGUAGAAAUGACCCUGAGGGAAUCAAGGAUCUAAUUCAGCAGCAUGUAAAGUUACAAAAACAAAUAGAAGACCUGCAAGGUCGAGCAACCACUCGGAAUCCAAUCAAAGCCUUUUAUGAAAGCAGAGCCUACAUCUCCACUCUGUCGGCACCUGCAUUCAGAACGUCACUUAAUUUUGCCGAGACUGGAAAAGAUUCCAGAAAGCCUAAGCACACGAUGGCAAGUGGUGGUAGCCACAACAUAAAGGUGGCAGAUGAGGCUUUGAACUCCGAUGACUGUGACUGCCGUUCUGAAUUCGUGCCAGCACCAGGCCAGACUCCGAAAUACAAAGGAAAACAGAAAUCCAGAAACAACGAAUUGGAGAAAUUCAGCUCUAAUUCACAAGGAACUUUACCAGCAGAUUUGAAGAACAUCUUGGAGAAACAGUUUUCUAAAUCUUCCCGAGCUGCAAACCAGGAUUUCGCCAAUAUCAUGAAAAUGCUGCGCAGCUUGAUCCAGGACGGCUACACGGCGCUGCUGGAGCAACGGUGCCGCAGCGCUGCCCAGGCCUUCACCGAGCUGCUCAAUGGCCUGGACCCGCAGAAAAUCAAGCAACUGAACCUGGCCAUGAUCAAUUACGUCUUGGUGGUCUACGGACUUGCCAUUUCCCUCCUGGGAAUAGGACAACCUGAGGAACUAUCUGAAGCUGAAAAUCAGUUUAAGAGGAUGAUUGAACACUACCCCAACGAGGGACUUGAUUGCUUGGCCUAUUGCGGGAUUGGAAAAGUCUAUUUGAAGAAGAACAGAUUUCUGGAAGCUCUUAAUCACUUUGAGAAAGCAAGAACCUUGAUUUACCGCCUUCCUGGAGUUUUGACUUGGCCCACAAGUAAUGUGGUGAUUGAAGAGACAAAGCCGGGAAAAAUAAAGAUGCUGAUAGAGAAAUUUAUCGAGGAAUGCAAAUUCCCUCCCGUGCCCGAUGCCAUUUGUUGCUAUCAGAAGUGCCGUGGAUAUUCCAAGAUCCAGAUCUACAUAACCGAUCCUGAUUUCAAGGGCUUCAUCCGAAUCAGCUGCUGCCAGUAUUGCAAAAUCGAAUUUCACAUGAAUUGCUGGAAGAAGUUGAAGACAACCACCUUUAAUGAUAAGAUUGACAAGGAUUUCCUACAAGGAAUUUGUCUCACCCCUGACUGUGAAGGCAUCAUUUCCAAGAUUAUCAUCUACAGCAGUGGUGGGCAAGUGAAAUGCGAAUUUGAACACAAGGUCAUAAAAGAGAAGGUUCCUCCAAGACCUAUUCUGAAGCAGAAAUGUUCUAGCCUUGAGAAGUUGAAACUGAAAGAAGACAAAAAAUUGAAGAGAAAGAUCCAAAAGAUGGAAGCCAAGAAAUUAGCCCAAGAGAGAAUGGAAGAGGACUUACGGGAGAGUAAUCCACCCAAAGCCGAAGAGCCCAAAGAAACGGUUAAGAAUGUUCAGAACUGCCAGUUUCUUGAUGACAGAAUUCUGCAGUGCAUAAAGCAGUACGCUGACAAGAUUAAAGCCGGAAUCCAGAACCCUUCCAAACUUCUCAAGGAGUUGCUGUCUUGGAAAGUUUUGAGCACCGAAGACUACACCACCUGUUUUUCAAGCAGAAAUUUCCUGAACGAAGCAGUAGACUAUGUCAUUCGUCAUUUGGUCCAGGAAAAGAAUCGAGUUAAGACAAGAAUAUUUCUGCAUGUUUUGAGUGAACUUAAAGAAGUCGAGCCGAAAUUAGCCACCUGGAUCCAGAAACUUAAUAGCUUUGGCUUAGAUGCCACGGGAUCUUUUUUCUCUCGAUACGGAGCAUCUCUUAAGGAGCUUGACUUUAGCAUCAUGACUUUCCUCUGGAACGAGAAGUACGGCCAUAAACUGGCUUCCAUCGAAGGGAAGCAGCUGAGUUAUUUCUGUGAGCCCACAGCAGUGACGGAGGCGCGGUGUCUAAUUUGGCUGCUGGAGGACCAUCGCGACAAGUUCCCUGGCCUGCAUAAUGCCUUGGAUGAAUUCUUUGAUAUAAUGGACAGCCGCUGUACCGUACUGAGGAAGCAAGACAGCGGAGAUCUGCCGUUUAAUUCUAUCAAGAUAAAAAACAAAGGCAAGAAAAAGAAACAAAAAGAUUCAAAGCCUAUGUUAGUUGGAUCUGGAAAAACUUCAAUAACACCAAAUAAUGAUGCAACCACUUCCAGUGACGACCAUAAAAGCAGUUCAAGUUCUUCAGGCCCAUUUGUGGUACCUGACCAUCUCCGGCAGGAUGUGGAAGAAUUCGAAGCCCUGUAUGAGCAGCACAGCGGAGAGUAUGUUAUCCGCAACAAGAAGCUAUGGGACAUUAACCCCAAGCAGAAGUGCUCGACUCUGUAUGAUUACUUUUCCCAGUUGCUGGAGGAACACGGUCCCUUGGACACAAGUAACAAGAUGUUCUCCGAGGAAUACGAGUUCUUUCCCGAAGAAACCCGACAGAUCCUGGAGAAAGCGGGCGGCUUGAAAUCCUUCCUCCUGGCCUGCCCUCGGUUCGUCUUAAUCGACAACUGCAUUGCGCUGAAGAAGGUCGCCUCCCGCCUCAAGAAGAAGAGGAAGAAGAAGAACAUGAAAACCAAAGUGGAAGAAAUCUCCAAAUCCGGAGAGUUUCUGCGCAGCAAACUCCCUCUGAAUCCAGCCGCACGGGAGUUCAAACCCGACGUCAAGCCUAAGCCAGUGUGUGAAGCCCCUCCGGUGCCAUCGUCGGAGACGCCCGGGGCGGGACCUGCCAAUCCUCCCGCAGCAGCCAGGGAUGCUCUGAAGCCCAAGCCCGUCCCCAACCAUCCUUCCGGCCCAGUUUCCAAGGAGGAGGCCCCCAAAGCCGCCACCUCCGAUGCCACCGCCCCCGUGUGCGAGGAGGCUGCUCCCCAGCAUGGGGCGGAGGCCGUGAAGCCCACCUACUGGACCCAGCCCCAGCUCGUCACGGGAUACUGCACCUACGUCCCCUUCCAGGGCUACGGCCUCUCCCAGACACCGCCCGGCUACAUCAACGUUAUCACCAGCGUGCCACAGUACACCAAUGUCUACACUCCGGUGGCCGGUGUCGCUCCCGAGUACCCGCUGCAGGCUCCGGUGCCCGUGGUGCCCUCGAUCGGGGCCAGCACUGCGGCCGAGGCCGGCACUCAGGGUCUCGAGGGUACCCCGCUGAAUGCUGAGGGCAUCCCUGCGAGCCAGGGGCCGUCGGAAACGCAGGUCCUACCGGUCACCCCGGCACCCCCUGCCGAGCCUCUGACUGGCACCGAUGAUGCACCUGGCAAAGCCCACAGUGAAGCAAGCGGAGAAGGCAGCCACGGCGAAGGCGGUGUGGGCAGUGCCAGCCACGUGGCAGAUGUUCCACAGACAAAAGUGGCUGCUACACAGGUGUCUUGGGAUAUAAUGAAUCAAGAAGUCAAUACUGAGCCCUAUGAUCCUUUUGAGACUAAACAGGGGGAUAUUUCAGAGAUUGAAAAGGAGUACCAUGUUCUACAAGAGCAGCUUCAGGAAGCUUGUGACAAUUACGAGCAGAAAAAACUCCAGGGUUCAGAAGAGACCAAGGAUUUGGAAGAAAAGUUGACACGGAACUUGGAAGAAAACAAGAUUUCAAAGACUGAACUAAAUUGGUUCCUUCAGGACUUGGAAAAGGAAGUCAAAAAAUGGCAGCAGGAGAAGAAAGAAAUUCAAGAAAAACUCAAAGCCCUGAAGAAGAAGAUGAAAAAGGUUUUAAAUGCCAGUGAAAAGCUUACUGAGAAAAAUGAGGAAAACGAUGAAAAUGAUAAGAAACAUGACUUCUUCCUGGAUGAGUCUCCUGAAAUCAGUAACCCAUUCUCUGAUGAGAAAAUGCAGAUUGAGGACUGCAUAAAAAAAGGCAAGGAAAACUACGAAGAGAGCCUUAGCCGAGCGAUGUCUGCAGAGGUCUCUGUGCUCGAAACCUGGAAGGAGACGGAGAUGUACAAGUUGCAGAUCCUGGAGUCACAGGCUGAGGCAUACCUGAAGAACCUCAAGCUCGUGAGCAGUGAUUCUGCAGCAUAUCCUGACAUAGAGUCGGACAUACAGUCCUGGGAAUCAUUCCUUUCGGAUGUCCAAAAAGAAACUGAGAAAGCGAAGGUUCAGUUUGAAGAACAAAUUAAGGAAAUUAAAAAUGGCUCUCGGCUGAGUGAACUUUCCAAAAUACAGAUUUCCGAGCUUUCGUUCCCGGCCUGCAGCACGGUUCACGCGCAGUCACAUGCUGAGACUUCCGCGCUUUCAGGGACCGAAGACCCGACAGCCGCUCCCCAGGAACCCAGUGCGGAUUCUGCCAGCGAUGACCCCGAGGGGGCCACCUCCGCCCCCCUGCCAGGUUCCCCAUGUGAUGAGCAGGAAGGCGCCAGUGCCCCCGAUGGCAAGAACACUGGUCCUGCCCCCCAGCCAGAAGGUGGCCUCGGACCCGACCAGAAGCUGCCCACCUCUCUGGGGCACGCCAGCCGCUCCAUGCAGUCUCCCAAAAAGCCGUUCAACAGCAUCAUGGAGCACUUGUCCGUGGUGUUCCCGGGCUACAGCUGCUCCGAGCUUGCUGGGUUUAUGAAAAAAGUGCGAAGCAAAAAUAAGAAUGCACUGUCGGGACUGAGUAUUGAUGAGAUUGUCCAGAAAGUGACUGACCACAUUGUCGAGGAGCAGAAGAAGAACAAGCCCAAUCCAGGAAAGGACCAGAAGCCCAUGGAGCCAGCCGCUGCUGCUGCUGCCACCGGCGCCGGAGCCUCAGCCAGACCCCAGGAGCAGAAGACAGACAUGCCGAGUCUGUGUGCCAAUGCCUGUGAAAUAUGCCAUGAGGUGUUCAAGUCCAAGAACGUGCGUGUGCUUCGAUGCGGACACAAGUUCCACAAAGGGUGUUUCAAGCAGUGGCUCCGAGGCCAGAGCAGCUGCCCGGUCUGCCUGAGCCAGGACCUCCAGUCGGAAGAGUAGGCUCCACCUUUUUGG